CACCGCCCCGGCAGGCGGGAGGGGACGGGCCCGGGCCCGGGCGGAGGUGACAGAGGCGACAGCCGGGACAGCCACACGUGCCCGGCCGGGAGCGGCGGAGCCUGUGCGAUCCAUGGGCGGCUACGGGCGCUGCGCGGCGCCGGCCCCGCCGGCAGAGUAAGGAUGAUUGUUCAGCUGCUAACCACGGAAGAGUCUGUCUGUGAGGAUAUUCCUGUGCACGGAAGUGUCCCUGUUCCCUUACCAUGUACAUACAGUGAAUGAUUUUGUUUCAGCUCUUUUAUUCCUGACCCUCCCAGCUGUGUAAAUGCUCACAGUGAAUCAACUCAAAGUCACCCUGGGAAUCGCUGGAGCUGUUCUGUGCAGGAGGCAUCGCUGAGAUCCCCCUCGCAGCCAUGGACUUGGAUAAACAAUCUGUGUGGGGAUCCCUGAAACAGAAGACCCGGCCGUUCCUGCAGAACCUGAGCGUGAGGAAGACGAAGAAGAGGUCUGGCAAACUGCUGGAGAGGAAGGGCCACUCCUUGGACCGCUGCCUCAGCGUGUCCGUGCCCGACAUGCUGGAGGUGGAGACUCUCAUGGAAGAAGAAGAAGAAGAAGAAACGACCUACUCGAGUGCUCAGGUGCUGUCGAGGUGCUCCCCCCAGAGCUUCUCCAGGUCUGUGGUGUCCCUGAGAAGCAGGAGCGCUUCGGUGAAGGCGGCGGGAGAGGACUGGCUGUGGGCGGCACAGCAGGGGACAGGCACGGAGGUGACAGUCACCCCCCCAGACACACAAACUGUGGGCAUUCACCUGCUGUCCUCACGAGGAGCUGAGGCUGUGGGCAGCCCUGUGUCCGUGGGGAAGAGGAAACCCAGCGAGGAUCUCUUUGAGCUGCUGCAGAGCUCCCGCCUGAGUGCCGCGCUGAGCGACGACGGCACAGAGUACCCCUGUGGAGAAAUGGAUUUUGACUCUUCCCUAUCAUCUCAAAAUUUUGAUGACCAAAUGGCUCUGGAGGAAGCAAACGACUGCCUGAGUGACCUGCCCAGCCCCUUUGCCUACCUGCUGACCAUCCACCUGAAGGAAGGCAGGAACUUGGUUAUCAGGGAUCGCUGUGGUACAAGUGACCCGUACGUGAAGUUUAAACUGAAUGGCAAAACCCUCUACAAAAGUAAGGUAGUCUACAAGAACCUCAACCCAGUUUGGGAUGAAACUGUUGUGCUGCCCAUACAGACCCUCGAUCAAAAACUCUGGAUCAAGGUGUACGAUCGUGAUUUAACCUCUUCAGACUUCAUGGGUUCGGCAUCUGUAGCGCUCACUGAACUUGAACUCAAUAGAACUACUGAACAGGUUUUAAAACUGGAAGAUCCCAACAGUUUAGAAGAUGACAUGGGAGUGAUUGUAUUAAACUUGAGUCUAGCAGUCAAGCAAGGAGACUUCAAGAGAAAUAGAUGGUCAAGUCGAAAGAAACGAACUUCAUCCAAGUCAAGUUUCACGCGGAGCUUGCGGCUCUCGGAGUCUCUGCGCAAGAACCAGCUGUGGAACGGGCUGGUCACCAUCACCCUCUUGGAGGGGAAGAACAUGCCCAGAGGGGGCUUGGCAGAGAUUUUUAUUCUCCUCAAACUGGGAGAUCAAAGAUACAAGAGCAAGAGACUGUGUAAGAGUGCAAAUCCUCAGUGGAGGGAACAGUUUGAUUUUCACUACUUCUCUGACAGGAAGGAUAUGUUGGACAUUGAAGUGUGGAGAAAGGAUAACAAAAAACACGAGGAGCUUUUGGGAACGUGCCACGUUGACAUUACUGCCCUGCCAACAAAGCAGACCAACUGCUUGGAGCUGCCUCUGGAAAAACAUCCAGGGUCCCUGCUGAUGCUGAUUGCUGUUGCCCCAUGUACAGGAGUGUCUAUCUCUGAUUUGUGUGUCUGUCCUUUGGGAGACCCCAACGAACGGCAGCAGAUUUCUCAGCGUUAUUGUAUAAAGAAUUCCUUUCGGGACCUAAAGGACGUUGGCUUCUUACAAGUCAAAGUUUUAAAGGCAGUGGACCUGAUGGCAGCAGAUUUUUCAGGCAAAAGUGAUCCUUUCUGUGUCUUGGAGCUGGGAAACGACAUGCUUCAAACACACACCGUUUACAAGAACCUCAAUCCAGAGUGGAACAAAGUUUUCACAUUCCCUAUUAAAGACAUUCACGAUGUUCUGGAAGUGACAGUCUUUGAUGAAGAUGGAGAUAAACCCCCCGAUUUCCUUGGAAAAGUUGCCAUCCCUCUGCUGUCUAUUAGAAACGGUAAACAAAGUUGUUACACACUGAAGAAUAAAGACUUGGAACGUGCUUCAAAAGGAGUCAUUUACUUGGAGCUGGAUGUCUUAUUUAAUCCUAUAAAAGCAAGUAUUAGAACAUUCAAGCCCCGAGAAAAACGUUUUACUGAGGAGAACCGCAAAUUUUCUAAAAAGAUCUUAUCAAGAAAUGUUGAUCGCGUGAAAAAAAUCACCAUGGCAAUAUGGAAUACAAUACAAUUCCUUUGGAGCUGCUUUCUCUGGGAGUCCACGGUGAAGAGCCUGAUAGCAUUUGUGGUGUUUGUGGUCACUGUCUGGACCGUGGAGCUGUACAUGGUGCCCCUGGCUUUGCUGGUGCUCUUUGCAUACAAUUUCUCCCUCGUCACAACAGGGAAGGUCAACAAUGCCCAGGAUGCCCAGGAGCUUAUGGGCUUGGAUGAAGAUGAGGAUGAAGAUGAUAAGGAAUCUGAGAAAAGGGGGCUAAUUGAGAGAAUCCACAUGGUCCAAGAUAUUAUCAUAACUGUUCAAAGCAUCCUGGAAGAAAUAGCAUCGUUUGGAGAGAGGAUUAAAAACACAUUCAACUGGACGGUGCCUUUCCUCUCUGUCCUGGCCUGCUUGGUCCUGGCAGCAGCAACAGUUAUUUUGUAUUUUAUACCACUGAGGUACAUUGUUUUAAUCUGGGGCAUAAAUAAAUUUACUAAGAAGCUUAGAAAUCCCUAUGCCAUCGACAAUAAUGAGCUACUAGAUUUCCUCUCCAGGGUACCAUCUGAUGUUCAAAAGGUAAGUAAUGAAUGGCCACAGCCAACAGAGGCAAGCAGUGACACUGAGAGCGGCUGGGUGCUCCGUUUGGGAAUACAAUGCCAAAGACUUUUGAAUAACAGAGAUAAGGAAUCUGGGGAAAAUCCACAAAGGGAGUGGGGGGAGAGUGUUAGAAGAGAGGGGAGCCAAAAUCCUUUGUCAGAAGGAUAAAAUGAUUGCAGAAAAAUUAUCCUGAAAAGACCUACUUAAAAAUGAUCUGGGAAAUCACUCAGCAUGGUUACUGAGCUAUGGUUUUUGUCACCUUUCUGCUCCGGUAUUUGUACAGAGGGAGGAGAAAAAUAGUCUCUUUGAUAGAGAUAACCAUCCAAAAGGAUUUGCUGAAUUCUCCUUUUUCUCAAGAUAGGGGGAGGAAUGGGGGGAAUUAUUUCUGUGACAUUGUGCUUGAGCUCCAGGCCUCCUUUGGACAAUGCCCUGCUCAUCUUUUUCUUUAAAGAAAACCCUGAAAUGUGUAUAAAAUACUCUACAGUUGAUCAGAUCAAUCUUCUACCAUUAUGGAAUUAUAAGUUUUAAUCUAACCAGAAUCUAUCCUCCCUCAGUUUCAGUCAAGUCUUGUCUCUUCUCCCAUUUCUUUGAAACAACAACAUGGUCUUCAGCAAUCUCGCCUAUCUUCCUGGAAAUUAUUUGAACAAUAAAUCCUUUCGAAUGUCAAGAUCUGUUUAUUUCUCUUGGAGGAGGGAAAAUAGUCUUGCUGGGUAAUGAAGCCACACAAUAUAAAGGGUUGUUUCUUUUGUUUUAGCUAACUGGAAUCUGUGUCCCCAGCCCUGAUCCUGAUGCCCAGGAUCCCUCUGACGUUGUACCUUUCUCUGUGAAUUGUGGCACAUUCCCUGUGAGGUGCUGCACACUGGGAAUGAGGGAAUCACAAUCUCACCUGUAGUGGCUUUAUGCUGGUGGAGACAGAAACUGAAUUGCUCACAUGCAGUGUUGGAAAAAACUUCUGGUGACAUUUAUCUCAAGAGGCCACCAGACUGGUUGGUGGCAGCACUAAUAACUGGAAAGAAAUCUCACCAUGGACUGGUGGGAGGAAGAAGGCUGAGCAAGAACAAUCAUAAAGCCAUUAAGCUUCAGCGUAUUUUUAUUUGUUGCCAUUGCUCUUGUAGAGGCCACUGGAUUUGCAGUGAUGGUUUGCAUAUGCCCUUUAAGUGUUUAUGUUUAAAGAUAAGCUGCUUUUCUAUUUAUGCUUUAUUUAACAUUUACACUUACAACAUUUCCUUGAGUGGUUUCUAUCAUACUGAGAUCCUUUGAGCUCUCCAAGGAAAAUGAUCACCAUUUUCUAUGGGAGGAAUGAUAGAAGUUCCUUGGAUGGGACAAACCUUGGAGUUUUCCACUAGUGCUGAAAAUAGUGACAGCCACACACUUCAAGGACAAGUCAUCCAUGGAAGCUCCAAAGCCCCUCUGUGUGCUUUGUUUUAAGUGCUAUCAAUGCAUCAGCAUUUCACUGGGGUUCUGCAGUGAGUUAGAAAUUACUCCUGUCUGUACAGUACCCAUUUACAAACACAUCUGUUGGACAAAAGACAGAGGAGGAGUGGAAAAGAUGGCUUGUUCAGCCAAAUUUUCCCCAUGAUUUCAGUGGGAAUACUUUUGUCUCACUAAACAGACAAUUUGGAGAAAACACCAUCGUUGACAGUUUACCACACACGUUUUAGUCAUUAUACUGUGUAUGAAUUUGUUUUUAAAGGUGGAAGCAGCUUUGUCCAGGUUCUGUUUGGGAGAAUACUUUCCCUUUUUUUGAAAUUAUUAAGUAGUUCAGCAUCUUAGGGUCUGUGUAUGGUUUUGACAACUGUCAUCUUACUGUCUGUUGGGAUCCACUUGAAUUGAGACUCCUGAGAGAAGUUUAUUAAACUAAUAGGUUAAUGCCAGAAAGAUAAGAAAAACAACUCCCAAACCAAAACAAACCCCAAAGAUUGCUGAAAUCAGGUAGAACCCCAUGUAUCUCAUUAGAAAAACCUGCUUUUAAUAUUUUCGUUUCAAGAAAUGAUGCAUGACUUCUCAAAUCCUUCCUGCAAUUAAUCCCCCAUGUUCCUGUGUUUAGAAAAAUGAUUCAUUACUUUUGAACCUUCCUUGGUUUCCCUCGGCGUGUCCCGGGGGAGCCAUUAACACACGCUGCAGUGAGCUAGAGUUACCUAAGUGCAAACGUCAUGCCUGUUUGUUUUUACAGGUGCAGCAGGCUGAGCUGAGGCCGUGCAGCAGCUCCAGCCCCAUCAGGAGGAAGCGGAGCGCGCUGUAGGAUGCGGCGGGGUUGGGGAGCGCAGCACCUCCCUCCCCGUGCACACACUGCACCCCUCCCCUCCUUCUCGCCUCAGAACAACACUAGAGUCACUGCCACAGCCUUCCUCCUCCUUGGAAGAUGUGGGUUUUGAUAAACACACCUGUCUCGGGUUGCUUUUCCGGGUUGUCUUUUUUUGGUGUGGAAUCCCAAAAAAGAGCAAGGCGAAAUGUGAAUUAGUUGGUGGGAUGGGGAGGAGAAUGGGAGAGGAUGGUGCAACUGCACCUUUUCUUUUUCUUUUAUUUUUUUACCCCCCUUUGAUUGCAGAGACAAGGCUGGAUGUGGCAGCACUCCCUGUGUUAUGUAGGAAGAGAUAAUUCUGCUUAGUGUAGCAGAUCAGCUGAGCUGAUGUGAGGAGAUGCUCUGCACCAGUUUUUAACAUAUCCAACAGAUUUACAUUAAGAUAUGAAAGCUAUUCUUUUCUGAGUUAAAUCACUGUGCCUAGAAAGGUUUAAGCUCUGAAUUAACGAGUCUUUGAUACCCAUCUUCUGUUCAAGCAGUGUACAUUUUAAAAAGUUUUUUAUCAUAAUUAGCAGAAAGAGCUAGGAGCUCCAAGAGUAUCUCAAUAUUUCAUCCAGCACUUGUGGGUUUUUCUUUUUCCUUUUUUUCCCUUUUUUUCUUUUUUUUUUUUUUUUCCUUUUUUUUUUUUAAAGCCUGACUGUGGUUAACUCUUUGUAUACUGGAAUCAUUGAAGAUCCAUUGCUGGCAAUGGAUGCAUGAAAACCUUAUGCCGUGAAAGGAUUAAGAGAAAAGGCUAACUCAGUGACCUGAAAAGACUCUGUUGGCUUGCCUUUUAUAAUUCCAUCUCAUCUGAUAUCUUCAGCAUAGCUGUUUUCCUGUCUAAAUCCAGAGGGGUCAACACUACAGAUCCAAGAGGAAAAAAAAAAAACACUUUAUAGCCUUAAAGAAGCAAGUGUUUGUGCAGAAGGAGAGCAAGUGUCCAAAGAAGUGGUUGUGCAAUAGUGUGCAGGCUUUGGUCCACCACUGAUGUCUUCUUGCAGUCUUUCCUGGUGGUUCACAAGGAGAGGACCCAAAAGUAAAGUGAAGUGGAAACAGAAUGGAAAGACAGAAGAAAAGACCCCAUUUUGUGUUCUGUGGAGAAUGUGAUUUCUUGCUUGCUUACCAAUCUUUCAGCAAUUGUGCAUUUGCUUUAUGUAUUUCAGAAAGCCAGCAUUAGUGAGAUUGCUUGACUGGGAAAACUAAAACACGGAAUCAUGUGUAAAAUCUGCUUAAUUUUGGUGAUACUACAGCCCUCGGUCCUUUAGGUGCUGUGGGACAUUUUGGGAGUGACUUGUCACCACAAGUCAUUGGCAGCACAAGAGCUGGAGUUGUUUCUUAUGAUUCCAGGCAGGAUUACCACCAGCAUUCCCUGGGGUAAUUGACAGUACAAAGAAAUAUAGAAACCUGAGAGAAAGCGUUUUUUGGAAAAAAAAAAAAAAAAAAAAGCUUUGAAAGCCAUCUAAUAAAAGGUAAAAUGGUUAAAACCUUGCUUAUGGAUUGGUGAUCCAGAUGGAAUUGUGUGUGAUUCCAUAGCACAA